UACGGCCGACUUGAUCAUUGUUAUGUGCAAAAGGAGCUAGGGCUGGAUUCAGAUUAAUCAUCGUCGUCUUCUUCUUUUAUUGGUCGCCUUCUCCAAGCUUUCAUCUUUCGUCGGACGGAAAAGAAAAAGCUUCCAUCUUUCGCGAAACUCAGAUAACUGCAAUGGGAAGAAAGAAGACGGAGGAGAGUGGUGCAUCCGCCAAGGCUAAGUCGACCGGCAAAGAUGCUUCUAAAGAUGGGAAAAAAGAGAAAAUAUCAGUCUCUGCAAUGUUGGCCAGCAUGGACCAGAAACCCGAUAAGCCCAAGAAAGGAGCUUCCUCUAGUGCAAAGGCAAAAGCAGCUCCAAAUCGUCAAUCAUACACUGAUGGUAUUGAUCUCCCUUCCUCUGAUGAAGAAGAUGAGGAUGUGUUGGAAGAAGGCCAACAAGAAGUAAAUGUAUCCAAUCAGCAAAAGCGGCAAGAAUCUAAGCCACUUGAUGUGUCUAUAUCUGAUAAAGAGUUGAAAAAGCGUGCCCAGAAGGACCGUCUUGCUGCCCAUGCCAUUGAGCAGGCUAAGAGGGAGGCCCUUAAAGAUGACCACGAUGCAUUCACUGUUGUUAUUGGAAGUCGUGCAUCGGUACUUGAUGGCGAAGAUGGUGAUGCUAAUGUUAAGGAUAUAACAGUAGAAAAUUUCUCUGUGUCUGCUCGGGGAAAGGAACUUCUGAAGAACGCAUCAGUGAAGAUAACACAUGGGAAGAGAUAUGGUUUGGUUGGGCCCAACGGAAUGGGCAAGUCUACCCUCCUGAAGCUUCUUGCUUGGAGGAAGAUUCCAGUACCAAAAAAUAUUGAUGUGCUUUUGGUUGAGCAGGAGGUAGUUGGUGAUGACAGAACUGCUCUUGAAGCAGUUGUUUCAGCUAAUGAAGAACUUGUAAAAAUCCGAAAAGAGGUUGCAGAUUUGCAGAAUUCAGCUUCCGCUGAUGAAAAGGACAGUUUUGAUGAUGAUGCAGGAGAGAAGCUCUCUGAAUUGUAUGAGAAAUUGCAGUUGAUGGGAUCAGAUUCAGCUGAAGCUCAGGCUUCAAAAAUUCUUGCUGGGUUGGGUUUCACGCAGGAUAUGCAAGGCCGUCCAACUAAGUCCUUCAGUGGUGGGUGGAGGAUGAGAAUUUCAUUGGCAAGGGCACUUUUUGUUCAGCCAACUCUUUUGUUGCUGGAUGAACCCACCAACCAUCUCGACUUGAGGGCUGUUCUCUGGUUUGAGGAAUACUUGUGCCGCUGGAAAAAAACUUUGGUUGUUGUCUCACAUGACCGGGAUUUCCUUAACACGGUUUGCAGUGAGAUUAUUCAUCUGCAUGAUCUGAAACUUCACAUCUACCGAGGAAAUUUUGAUGAUUUUGAAACUGGCUAUGAACAACGCCGGAAAGAGGUGAACAAAAAGUUUGAAAUUUAUGACAAGCAGAUGAAAGCUGCCAAAAGGAGUGGAAGUCGGGUCCAACAGGAGAAAGUCAAGGAUAAAGCUAAGUCUGCAGCAGCUAAGGAAGCAUCAAAGAACAAGGCCAAGGGAAAAGUUGAUGAAGAUGAUGCACCAGCUGAGGCUCCUAGGAAAUGGAGAGAUUACAGUGUGGAAUUCCACUUUCCUGAACCUACAGAGCUUACUCCUCCACUUUUGCAACUUGUUGAAGUCAGCUUCAGUUAUCCGAAUCGGGAGGAUUUCAGGUUGUCAGGUGUUGAUGUUGGUAUUGAUAUGGGGACUCGUGUUGCCAUUGUUGGACCUAACGGAGCUGGAAAGUCUACUCUGCUCAACCUUCUUGCAGGUGAUUUGGUUCCUUCGGAGGGUGAAGUACGGAGGAGUCAGAAGUUGAGGAUCGGUAGGUAUUCGCAACACUUUGUGGACCUCCUGACAAUGGGCGAGACCCCGGUUCAGUACCUUCUCCGGCUUCAUCCAGACCAAGAGGGACUUAGCAAGCAAGAGGCUGUUCGUGCAAAGCUUGGAAAAUUUGGACUCCCCAGCCACAACCAUCUCACUCCCAUUGCAAAAUUAUCUGGAGGGCAGAAAGCCCGAGUUGUGUUCACGUCGAUAUCCAUGUCAAGGCCCCACAUUUUGCUGUUGGAUGAACCAACGAAUCAUUUGGAUAUGCAGAGUAUUGAUGCACUGGCCGAUGCACUUGACGAAUUCACCGGUGGAGUUGUACUGGUGAGUCAUGAUUCUAGGCUGAUAUCGCGCGUGUGCGAGAACGAAGAGAGGAGUGAAAUUUGGGUAGUUGAGAAUGGCACGGUGACCCCGUACCCUGGGACUUUUGAGGAGUACAAGGAGGAGCUACAAAGAGAAAUUAAAGAGGAGGUCGAUGACUGAGGUUUGCACUUUUUAUAGCUGUAAUAUUUUUGCUGAUCAUUCUAAGAAUUCCAUGAGUUUCCUUGUUGGUUGCUCAUGUAAUUUAGUUGGUUUUUCUGAUCCGAAUGUAACAAUUAAUAGAGAUGUGUUAAAUUUUUAUAUGCAGUUCUAGACACGAAACGAGGCCUACAAGAACGGUAUUUGAACUUGGUUGUCAGAAUAUUAUACGUUGAUUCUAGACUAUAUUUGAUUUAUGAAUAA